AUGGAAAAAUUGGAUGACCUGCCGCCGUUCAUAUGUAAAAGUGCAGCAGAAAUGCGGGAAUUGGAUGAAAAGGUUGAAAAGCUUGUACGUGAGAUAGAACUCCGGGUGGUUGCCCAGGUAAAAAAUCUAAAGAAGUUCACAAAAGAGCAAAGGAUAAAAUACUAUAAAGAAACACAGGCUAUGUACAAAGAAGUGGACAAGCUUGGUGAACGAAAAGUCAAGCUCGCUCAAAAAAUGUAUGAUGCCGUCGAUACACAUAUCAAAGAAAUGGACCAACAAAUCACAGAUUUUCACGAGGUGCAACGGAAGAAAUACAAAGCAGAGCAUGGAGUGAAUCCGGGAACAUCGAAUUCAACGGAUUCUCAAAGAAGGAGAUCUAAUAUGUCUUCAGUAAGAGUUGACAAAAGGAAAAAGCCGAUGGACGCGAAAUCUACAGAAAACGGACCAUUUGUAGAUCAUUUCAAGCAGGCGCCUCUGACUUCCGUGGAUAUGCCGGUUGAUCCAAAUGAACCGACGUACUGCAUCUGCCAUCAG